GUGCGGGGAUUGCUGGGAUCGGAAGCGACCCCAGUCACCUUAACCCCGCAACCGGCGUCUAUCUGCGGUUACCUCUCGGUCCGUGGCCGCGAACCUUCUGCAGAGAUGUGGUUUGAAAUUCUUCCGGGUCUGGCGGUCAUGGCCGUAUGUCUGACGGUUCCGGGAAUUAGCACCACUCUCAUCCAGAAGUACACCAAUGGGGGCAAGGAAAAGAGAAUUGCCCGUAAUCGAUACCAGUGGAGUCUACUGGAAAGGGACAGGAGGAUCUCUGGAUUCCAUCGUUAUUAUGAAUCUAAGGGAUUGGAGAACAUAAAGGAUGAUGCAUAAGUGGACGUUUGAGACCUACUAUCUUCGUGAUUGCUGAAUGCUUAUACAAUAUAUUAUCUGGUGCAAUUAAAGACAAAAACAAUUACCCAAA